CAUAUUCCUCCUACUCAUCUCCCCUCUGACUCCUUUAUGCCUGUUAUAAAGAUUCUUCAAAAUGAUGUUUUCUAUGCCCUCUCUGGCCUCAAUCCUCAGAAGGCUUAUGGACCUGAUGGAGUGCCUCCUAUUGUCCUUAAAAACUGUGCCUCCGUGCUGUCACCCUGCCUGGUCAAACUCUUUCGCCUCUGCCUGUCAACAUCUACCUUUCCUUCUUGCUGGAAGUAUGCCUUCAUACAGCCUGUGCCUAAGAAGGGUGACCGCUCCAAUCCCUCAAAUUACCGUCCUAUAGCUUUACUUUCUUGUCUAUCUAAAGCUUUUGAAUCAAUCCUUAACCGGAAGAUUCAAAAGCACUUUUCCACUUCUGACCUUCUAUCUGAUCGCCAGUAUGGGUUCCGCAAGGGGCGUUCUACUGGUGAUCUCCUAGCCUUCUUAACUGACUCUUGGUCAUCCUCUCUUAGCCGUUUCGGUGAAACUUUUGCUAUUGCGCUGGACAUAUCAAAAGCUUUUGAUAGGGUCUGGCACAAAUCUUUGCUUUCCAAACUACCCUCCUACGGUUUCUAUCCUUCUCUCUGUACCUUUAUCUCCAGUUUCCUUUCUGACCGUUCUAUUUCUGCCGUGGUAGACGGUCACUGUUCUUCCCCUAAAUCUAUUAACAGUGGUGUCCCACAGGGUUCUGUCCUAUCUCCCACUCUUUUUCUGUUGUUCAUUGAUGAUCUUCUUUCCAAAACGAACUGUCCUAACCAUUCCUACGCCGAUGAUUCCACUCUGCAUUACUCAACUUCUUUUAAUAGAAGACCCACCCUACAGGAACUUAACGACUCAAGGCUGGAGGCUGCAGAACACUUAGCCUCAGACCUUACUAUUAUUUCCGAUUGGGGCAAGAAGAACCUGGUGUCCUUCAACGCCUCAAAAAUACAGUUUCUCCACCUAUCCACUCGACACAAUCUUCCAAACAACUAUCCCCUAUUCUUUGACAACACCCAGCUAUCACCUUCCUCAACACUAAACAUCCUCGGUCUAUCCUUAACUCAAAAUCUCAACUGGAAACUUCAUAUCUCAUCUCUUACUAAAUCAGCUUCCUCGAGGCUGGGCGUUCUGUACUGUCUCCGCCAGUUCUUCUUCCCUGCACAGUUGCUGUCCAUAUACAGGGGCCUUGUCCGCCCUCGUAUGGAGUAUGCAUCUCAUGUAUGGGGGGGCUCCACUCACACAGCUCUUCUGGACAGAGUGGAGGCUAAGGCUCUUCGUCUCAUCAGCUCUCCUCCUCAUACUGAUAGUCUUCUACCUCUUAAAUUCCGCCGCAAUGUUGCCUCUCUUUCUAUCUUCUAUCGAUAUUUCCACGCUGACUGCUCUUCUGAACUUGCUAACUGCAUGCCUCCCCCCCUCCCGCGGCCCCAGUGCACUCGACUUUCUACUCAUGCUCAUCCCUAUACUGCAUUUGUGGCAUAUCUGGAACUCCUUGAUCUUGUGGGUCAAGUUGAGGUGAGGCUUCCCAGAGUUGUUCCCAGAGACCGGCAAAACCCGUUUACCUGUCUCUCUGAGGAGGAUUUCAUAGAUCGCUACCAUCUCUCACCUGCUUGCACACUCCAACUGCUUGAGAAUGUACAGCCCAAACUACCCAGAGCACGAGAUGGCAGAGGCUGCAGUGUUCCUGGUCACCUGCAGCUUCUUGUAGCAUUACGCUUCUUUGCCAGUGGGAACUUCCAGUUAACCAUGGCAGACUGUUUAGAGAUGUCAGCUUUUUCAGUCUGCAAAUUUGUUCACCGCAUAGCUGUUAUACUAGCACGCAUGUCACCUAAUUACAUCAAAUUUCCUGAACCUGCCAAUACACGUCAGGUAGCAGAGGACUUUCAUGCUGUCGCUGGCAUGCCUGGUGUCAUUGGCUGUAUUGAUGGAACAUUGAUUCCAAUUGUGAGUCCUGGCGGAAACACUGCAGAGAUAUACCGCUAUAGGAAGGGUUACCUCGCCCUGAUUGUCAUGGCAGUUUGCGAUGCAAAAAUGCGUUUCACUAAUGUCGUUAGUAGUUGGCCAGGAAGUGUCCAUGACAGCCGCAUUUUUUAUAAUUCUAGGUUUUGUCAGAAAUUAGAAGGUGAAGGUUACUCAGGUUAUCUUUUGGGAGAUUCAGGGUAUGCAUGCAAGUUUUACUUGUUGACCCUAGCACUGGAUCCCCAAACUGAACAAGAAAACAGAUAUAAUGCAUCACAUAUACGCACACGCGACACAAUUGAAAAAUGCUUUGGGGUGUUGAAACGACGAUUUGCAGUACUAAGGCACUUGCGUACAACAUUAGAGACAAGUAAGAAAAUAAUUAUUGCUGUAGCGGUACUGCAUAAUAUUGCUGUGAACAGUGGGAUGCCUGCUCUGGAAAAUGUGCCAGAACCUGUAGAAGAAGUACAGGACUAUGCUCUUCCAGAAGAAGCAACCAGCCGGGCACUGCGUAGGAGGAUUAUUGAGCAGUGGUUCUAACUUGUAUAUAAUACUGAGGUGUGUGUGUGUGUUUACCUAGUUGUGA